UUUUUUAUAGCUAAGAAAAUUUUCACAUUUUAAAUAUUAAUUUAUAAAGAAUGAGACCGCUCACAGAAGAUGAAACAAAAAGUGUUUUUGAAAAGUUAACAAAGUAUAUUGGAGAAAAUGUUAAGUGCUUGAUUGACCGAGCUGAUGGCAUGUAUUGUUUUAGACUUCAUAAAGACAGAAUUUAUUAUGUAAAAGAAGAAAUUAUGAGAAAAGCAACAAAUAUUGGCAGAGAAAAUCUUGCAUCAAUGGGAACAUGUUUUGGCAAGUUUACUAAAAGUGGUGUUUUUAAGUUACAAAUAACUGCUCUUGAUUUUUUAGCUCCUUAUGCUAAGUAUAAAGUUUGGGUAAAACCUGGGUCAGAGCAGUCUUUUCUUUAUGGUAAUCAUGUUCAAAAAGGUGGACUGGGUCGCAUAACUGAUAAUACUCCUCAGUACCAAGGAGUCGUUGUUUAUUCAAUGAGUGACUGUCCACUAGGUUUUGGAGCUGUAGCUAAAAGUACACAACAGUGCAGACAUGCAGACUCAUCAGAUAUUGUAUGUUUUCACCAAGCAGAUAUAGGUGAAUAUUUAAGAAAUGAAGAUACACUUACUUAAUCUUUUAAUUAGGCAUUUACUGUUUAGAAUUUUUUUUAAAACUAUAAAAAGAAAUAUAUUUUUAAAGCCUU